AUGUCGCUACUCGACCUGCCCUCGGAAUUACUCCUAGCGGUAGCAUCCCUGGAGACAGAACGAGAUAUCAACUCAUUAUGUCAGACCAACCGGCGACUUUAUUUUCUUCUUAAUCCGUACCUCUAUCGCAUCAACUCUUGCACCUCGAGACCUGCACUGGUAUGGGCGACUUUGCAUGGAAAUGAGAAUACAGCUCGAAUGUCAAUUCAAGCAGGGGCUGAAACUGGAUGGACAGAUUCCGGCGGCCGGGGACUACUAUGCCGGGCAGCACUGAGUCGUCAUGAGGCCAUAGUGAGGCUAUUACUCGACACAGGGAAGGUAAAUGCUGAUUUGAAGGACUCCGAGGGGCGAACGCCAUUGUCUUGGGCCGCUUCGAGUGGUUACAAGGCGGCAGUGCAGCUGUUACUUAGGACUGGAAAUGUUCACGUGGACUCAAAAGACUACGAAGGUCGAACACCAUUGUCCCAAGCCGCGGAACAUGGCCGUACGGAGGUCAUGAGAUUGCUACUCGACACUAGGAAGGUGGAACUGGAUUCGAAAGACGUCGACGGUCUAACACCAUUAUCCUGGGCUGCAGAGUCGAGCCAUGAGGCGGUGAUGAAGUUGUUAAUCGAGACGGGGAAGGUGAACGUGGACUCGAAAGACUCUGAGGGUCUGACGCCAUUGUCCCGGGUCGCGUCAAAUGGUUCUAAGGCGGCAGUGCAGUUGUUACUUCGGACUGGAAAGGUGGACGUGGACUCAAAAGACAACACGGGCCGAACACCAUUGUCCUGGGCCGCGCAAUUUGGCUGCGAGGAGGUCGUAAAACUGCUACUCCAGACUAGUGAGGUGGACGUGGGCUCAGAAGACAACGAGGGCCGAACACCAUUGUCCCGUGCUGCGGAAUAUAGCCGUUUGGAGAUCGUGAGAUUGCUACUCGAGUUUUGA